CUCGACCGCGGUCAGUUCUCGUUUGACGAUUCCUCAAACAGCAUCUAUUAUGAGUGAUCGCGCGCGCACCUAACGAUUGAUUGUUUCAUUCUUGGUUCUCAAGUGCUUGGACGCCUGACUGACCCUGAUCACAAUCGGUUUGGUGAUCGUCAACGUAAUUCCGAAAACUGAAUUGUGGUCAUUAGUGAAGGUAAAGCUGAGGACGAACGGAAGAUCAAUUUUGAUGUGUUUAACUUGUGUGUUUGGAAUCGUUAGAAUAAUCUUCGCUAUACAAACGCGUUAUUUGAUCUGUGACCUUCAAAAUUAAGACAGAUUAUAGACCUCAGCUCAGUUCUCACAUGCUGUUGACUUACUGAUAAUGAAGCCCUGGUCAUCAGCAUCAUUGUCAACAUUGAAUGGAAAACGCGGAACAAGAUGAUGACGCAUUUGUACAACUGCAGCCAACGAUUCACGAAGAUAUUCCUGCUCUUGCUGGUGUGGGUAGCCAGCGGCCACACCCUGGAGAAUACCGAAUUUGAACCAGUCGAAGGGAUUUGCGAAGUGUGUUCAUGUACGGUUCGCAACGAAUCCAACUCCCAGUACCUCAGCUACUCCAUCCUGGACUGCUCGGCGAAAAACUUCCAACACAUGUUGGCCUCAUGGCCGGAUAUUUUCGACAACGACCUGUCCAAACAGGAAAUCGUUUUCUCGUUGUCCGGAAACGAUAUCAAAUCGCUGCAGCAACUGCCACCGACGGAGGCCGACUUGGUGUUCAGCUGCCGGCACUGCAACCUUACCGAGCUGGCCAGUGGAGCUUUCCUGGAUACGCCCAACAUCAACCGGUUGGACUUGAGUUGGAACCUACUGACUGGGGAUGUCCUGCGGCCGGAUGUGUUCCGCGGGAGAUAUGCUGAACAGGAAUACGAAUCGAUUGCGUUGGAUGAGCUAGACUUGAGCUACAAUUCGAUUGGGUUCCUAGAUGCAUCGUUGUUCGAACACAUGGUACAUCUGCGGCGGCUGUCGCUGGCUCACAAUCCGCUGAAGGAAUUGACAGACGGUUCGGUAACGGCACUGGGAUCGAUCAGUCGAUUGGAACAUUUGGAUCUGUCGUACGCCCAACUCGUGGACCUUCCUCGUGAGAUGUUCGAGAAGGUUGAAGGACUGCGGGAACUGUUGGUUCAGGGCAAUCAAUUUACGGCGGUGCCGAGCUCGAUCCGCUUGCAGAAACCGACACUGAUGGCACUGUACAUAGGCGAGAAUCCGAUUCAGCGCUUGGACGACGAGAGCUUCUCUGAUUUGGAUCAUUUGACACAGUUGAAUAUCAGCGGGAUGCCGCUGUUGGAUGAUAUCGACACGGGGACGUUCGCCGAGUUGAAGUCACUGGAAGUGUUAUCCUGCAGCCAUAAUCCGAAACUGGACAAAUUCGAUAUGAGCGAUUUGAAAGGAUUGAUACGGCUAAGACAGCUGGACAUCUCCUACUGCGUCAUCGAGCAUCUCCUUCUGGAUGAACCCAUCCCGGUGCAGGACAAAAGUUCCGACAUCGACACGUUCCCCAAGUUGCGUUCCGUCAAACUGGAAGGCAACCCUUGGCACUGCGACUGCGAGCUGUACGAGACCAUCGAAUCCGUCAAGCACAUCCUCGAGGACGAGUUCGAAUCGCCGCACAGUUCGUCCGAAGCGCGCUGUGAAACACCGUACGACCUGGCGGCACUGCCGCUGACCGAACUGGGCGACAAAUCGCUCUGUUCCACGCCACCGAAGAAAGUUCCUAAAAUCCCCAUUUACGAGGCGCCGGCUUUCCUCAGGCCGCGGUCGAUCGUUCUAUCGCUCCUGUCGGUGGUGGUGGUGCUGCUGAUCGGGUUCAUCAUCGGCGUGAUCAUUGUGUGCAUCAAGCGCAAACUGAAGCAGAACGACCUGGGCUUUGGAUCGCCCGUGCGAUACACGACGGUGCGGAACAGCACAACGUCGACGAUUUUGCAAGCUUAGAGGAAAGGAGAGCUAUGGGGCAAUUACCCUUGAGAGAAACGAAUUUUUGUUUAUUCUAGUCUAUCUUAUCUUGUUAAGAAUGUGUAAUUGUAAGCUUUGUAUUAUAAUAGCAGGUAAAUAAAUGUAAAUAAACUA